AUAGACUGCGAUCACUUCUUAACCACCAAUAACAACCAUAACCUCCACUCUCCAACCAUGUCUACCUUCUUCACCUUCUCAACCCCAAACCCUAUCAAACCCAAACCAUUCCUCCACCGCUUCACCGUCAAAUGCACCGCCACACCUCCGUCACUUCCUCCGGCGGUUAACACCUUCUGGAAAUGGUUCUCCGACGAAAAAGUCGUGUCCUCCAAGUCUCCGGCCAAGCCCGGAACCGUCACCGAAGGGCUUGGAUUGGUUGCGCAGAGGGACAUAGCUCGAAACGAAGUCGUUUUGGAGGUUCCGAAGCGGUUUUGGAUUAAUCCGGAUACGGUUUCGGGCUCGGAGAUUGGUAGGGUUUGUAACGGAUUGAAGCCGUGGAUUUGUGUUGCUUUGUUUUUGAUUAGGGAGAAACUUAGGGGAGAUGAUGAGGCUUCUAGUUGGAGGAAGUAUGUUGAUAUUCUUCCUGAGUCUACUGAUUCCACUAUUUUCUGGUCAGAAGAGGAGUUAUCUCAGAUUGAAGGAACCCAACUAUUGAGCACAACAUUGAGUGUCAAAGAAUAUGUGAAGAACGAGUUUCUACAAGUUCAAGAUCAAGUCAUUCUUCCUAACAAACAACUCUUCCCUUUUACGGUUACACUCGAAGACUUCAUCUGGGCUUUUGGGAUACUGAGAUCAAGAGCAUUCUCACGACUCCGUGGCCAAAAUCUUGUCUUGAUUCCCUUGGCCGACUUGAUCAAUCAUAGCCCCAGUAUAACCACAGAAGAUUAUGCAUAUGAAAUCAAAGGGGGUGGCUUAUUCUCCAGGGAACAAAUAUUCUCUUUGAGAAGUCCUAUACCAGUUAAGGCUGGAGAGCAGGUCUUGAUCCAAUACGAUAUGAACAAAAGCAAUGCUGAGCUGGCACUCGACUAUGGAUUUAUAGAAUCGACACCCGACAGAAAUACAUAUACAUUAACACUACAAAUAUCAGAGUCCGACCCGUUUUUUGACGAUAAGCUAGAUAUUGCUGAAGCUAAUGGCACAAAGGAAGUUCAAUAUUUUGACAUCACUUUAGGCCAGCCUCUACCGCCUAAAAUGCUACCAUAUUUAAGGCUAGUAGCACUUGGUGGGACCGAUGCUUUUCUUCUAGAAUCCAUUUUUAGAAAUGCGGUCUGGGAUCACCUUGAACUACCAGUUAGCCGUGACAAUGAGGAGGUCAUAUGUCAAGUUGUACGCGGUGCCUGCCAGUCUGCUCUUUCUAGCUACCGGACCACCAUAGAAGAGGAUCAGAAGUUGAUGGAGGGAGGGAAUAUGGACCCAAGGCUCGCAAUCGCGGUUGGGAUACGCGCAGGAGAGAAGAAGGUUUUGCAACAUAUAGAUGGGAUCUUUAAAGAGAGGGAAAUGGAGUUGGAUGAAAAUGAAUAUUAUCAAGAGAGAAGGCUUAGAGAUCUUGGUUUGGUUGGAGAACAAGGUGACAUUAUCUUUUGGGAACCUAAAUGAGACAUGGAAUCUGGUUUAUAAAUCUAGAAUAAUGUACGAUUUUUACUUCAUCAUGUACAACUUGGAUUAAGAUUUAGCCUCAUUGUUUGCCAAAGUAUAACAGUUUUGGUCCUUAUCACUAGCGGAACAACAAAUACAUGUUAGGUAGUAUAAAAGUGACCUAUUAAUACGUCUUAA